AGGAAGACAUCUGGCUAGUCGAAAUGAGUGAGUAGGUUGUUUUGUUUGUGGUACCAGAACCAGAGCAGAAAUGUGUGCAGAUGUUUCUUCAGCAGCGGUGCAGGAUCGGCUACAAAAUGUGCAAGAGCUGAGUGAGUUUACAGAGAAAUGUCGGAAACAGUUGAAUGAAGUGUUGGAGGAACUGGGAUGGAGUCCGGACUGGCAACCCCAGUCCUCGCAGGAGGCGAUGGAGGUUUGUCCUUACGAUAUGAACCAUACAGUUCCAUCUAGCAGCAUGGAGAAUCACAAAGCAACCUGCCUGCUUAGCCAGUUAAAAUAUUCCAAGGAGGAGCAGGCGGAGAUGUACGAUCCUUCAUUUUGCUAUGGAAGAGCAAAUAUUCCUAGCAUCAAAUUGGACAAACAAACACAGCAUCAAGUAAUCCUACAGGCCCAAGCAAGUGCCCCUUCUGUUCAAUCACCAGGAAACUACUGCCAAAGGGAUUAUUCCACUGAACCUUCAGAUGUGCCUCAGAACCACAAGCGAGCAAUAUGUGACCUCACACCCGCUGACCGAUUGGCUGUGUAUGACUAUGUUGUACAGGAAGCCACAGAGCAGAGUGCAAAAGCACAGGCGUCCAGCAAUGAGGAUCUUUAUGUAGACCUUGUAUCCAAGCUUAAUAAAGGUGAUGACAGUAAUGGUCCAAAGUCUCACCUCGAGGUCUUAGCCGAAAUGAGGGACUACAGGAGACGCCGGCAGUCAUACAGAGCAAAGAAUGUUCACAUCACCAAGAAAUCAUACACUGAGAUUAUACGUGAAGUAAUUGAUGUCCACUCUGAAGAGCUGUCCAGACUGUGGCUGGAAGAGAGAAAGGAAGAGUCAAAACCAUCUCACUCUCACAGGAGGACAUCAGAUGAGGACCGCUCUGCAUCUGUUGAUUCGCAUGGGUCUCGUGCAGAUUCCAGAGAAGAUCGCAGCUCUCGCCACAAACACCACAAGAAGAGUAGUCGUGAGCAUCAUAAAGAUAGAGACAGCAAAAACAGAAGGAGGGAUUCCCAGUCUCCUGAAGAGAGACAUCACAAGAAGAAAAAGAAAAAGUCUAGAUCAUAAAGUGUUUGUGUGUAAAUAGCUGGGAGUAGGUUUGAAAUUACUGUGUAAAUAUACACUGUUUUGUGUUCAUAAAGUUUCAUUUAUUCAUUUGUUUUAACUAAUUGACCCUGAUCAGGGCUGUGAUAAUCUGGUGUCAACUUAAAAAACUGGCCUUUAAGAAGGAUUUGCAAGGGGACGCUAACCUGUACAUUUAUUCACUCACACUUAGUUAGUCAAGUAAAAGUAGCCAAUUCACAUACUGCAUGUUUUAGAGGCAAACUGAGUAUUUGGGAGAAAACCCACUCUGGCACAGGAGGAACAUGCAGUCAUAAAGCUAGGUUUUUAGUACCCAUGAUGUACAGUUUGUGAAUUUUAAACUGUUGCUUUUAACAUUUUGUUCAAAGGAAAAUAAAAAUAAAGCUUGCAAUAUGUCCUCAAGA